AUGUCCCCAGUGGAUAUGCCACCAAAUGUUACCACGUGUCAGGGAGGAAAGAAGAACAAAAAGAAAGACAAAGGGGGUUCGCAGCCCUGUUCAGCCUGUGAGUCACAAAGUUUCAAAAAAUUACAAGUUUUUGAAAAAAAUGUUAUUUUUCAGCUUUUUUUAUCCUAAUUUUAAGUUUAUAUUUCGAUAUAAUAAAUUGUAUAAUUGUGAUAUUCUUCAAAUAAUAACUGCAACUUCAGUCAAAAAUUUUCGCGUGGUUGACAGAUAUAUGAGCUUUGUCUCAUGUUUUUUUUUGCUUGAAAAAACGUAAACGUUACGAACAAAAACAAAGAAAAGUAGCAAAUAGCAUAAGCUAGGAGUAUAUAUACCUGAAUUGAACUUAAAGAUCAAUAAAUAGGAAUUUUUCUGAUAUAUUGAAAACGAAGUGCUGGGAAGACAGUCUAAUCGCUUUCAGAUUGAGUUUUUUUUAAUAAAAUUUUUUUCAGGUACAACCACAGCCCCAUAACCCCGUGAAGAACGUUGUAAAUGACAUUGUCGAAUUUGAUUCUGAGAAAGAUAUCGUGGAACAAAAAGAGAGAAGUGCUGCAAAAAAUGUGAGAAAGAUUCUUGUAGGUUUUAAAUUAGGGAUUUCAAAAGUUGAAAUGGAUCAGUAUUGUUUAAAAAAAACCAAAGAUCAAAAAAGACUAGUUUUACUAGGGCAUGGUCUCCGCUCGCCAACGAGCUGAGAAUUGAGAAUUUGUGGGUGGAUAGGUCUAGGUGAGAGUACUCGGAUUCAAAAAUAAAAUUCUGCUAAACCCCUCAGGCAACCGAGGAAAAGCUCGUCGAAAGUUUCCCAGCGCGGAAAUAGCCGCGCUCGGAACCUUCGGCCAGCAACUGGCGGCGUGGUGUAGUGGAUUGUGGUCUAGUGCACUGUCAAUAUUGGGACCAUGGUUCGAAUCCUUUUGGCGGAAAUAUUUUUUGCCGGCUCAUAACUUUAUUCCUUUCACAUUUUUGGAAUAUUUUUUUCAAAAAUCUACAAUAAAAAUUCACAAAAAUCACAAUAAAAAACAAAAAAAUGAUUUGAAUUUUUUUUUGUUUUUUUUUUCUCUACUUCAUGGGCAAACGAUGAAUAAAACGGUCUGUUUUAUGAAAAUUCACGUCGAGUAGAUAUGUUAUAAAACUUUGAGCUUUUUUGAAAAGCGAUUACUUGGACACGUGUGUACUAAACGGAAACAUAAUAACACGAUGAAACAACUAAAAUGAAACUUUUCCGUUCGGUUACGCGUUCCAGGUGUCAGAAGAUAUGGCGAUUUUCGAAGAUUCCAACAAAAAUUUGCGCGAAAGGAGCUUAACUUUAAUAACUUAGCUGCUGAUUGCCUGUCUUCCAACAAAACUAUUUGAGAAUAUGCUCCUCAAUACGAGAAGAAAAACGUGGCAUGAGAGAAGUAGUAAAAAAUAAUAGUUUUCUACAAUUUUUGAUGUACAUUUUUGAAAAAAAUUUCAAAAAAAUGAGAAAGCAUUAAAGUUAUGAGCCGGCAAAAACGAUUUCCGCCAAAAGGAUCCGAACCAUGGUCCCAAUACUGACAGUGCACAAGACCACAACCCACUACACCACGCCGCCAGUUGCUGGCCGAAGGUUCCGAGCGCGGCCAUAUCCGCGCUGGGAAACUUUCGACGAGCUUUUCCUCGGUUGCCUGAGGGGUUUAGCAGAAUUUUAUUUUUGAAUCUGAGUACUCUCACCUAGGCCUAUCCACACACAAAGUCUCAUUUCUCAGCUCGUUGUCGAGCGGAGACCAUGCCCUAGUUAGAAGAAAUUUCGGAACUAACUAUUCUUUGAUAACUAGUUGGAAAAAACAUUUACAAUUUCAGGAGGAAAGUCAGAUGGAAACUCUGAUCGACACGACUGCAGAUUCUCUCGCCAAAGAUUUGAUCGUUAGAGAUCCUCCCAGAGGUUAUUUUCAACUGGGGAAAAAAGAGAAACUUUUUUGCAAUUGUUUUUGAAGUUCUUGUACAUGAGCCAUUGUUAUCACGGCCAAGAGUGACUGAAACUUUUUAGUGUCCCCAGCUCCGAAAGCGCCGCCUCGGAAGAGUCAUCAGCAGCUGAACGGCGGCGCGACGACGGCCGCUACGUCUUCUUCGUCAGCGUCUUCUUCGCCAGCGGGUUCGAUGCGCGGAGAGAGUCACCGGAAACGUCUUUCCAGCCACAACUACAUCAAGGGCCAGAUCGUCAAAGCCGUCGAGCCGCCGUUCGUUUAUAUUUUUGAUUGAAAAAGAAGCCUUGAGCAAAGAAAUAAAAUCACAACUUUCGAAUUUUUGAAAUAUAUCAUUGAUUUUCUUUUUGCUCAAAUCAAACAAUUUUUUGACAUAAAUUUCAAACGGCAUAUAGGCGAAAAUCUGAAAUUUUUUUUAAAAUGUUUCAGGCUCUCUUCCACGGAAAAAAAAACAUGUAGGAUUAUUUUGAUUGCCUUUUUACUUUUGUCUACCUUCUUUUUUGCACUAAGAAAUGUUUUCAAAACGGGGGUUUCCAGGAUGAUUGGAUGAUUUGCAAAAACAGUUUCUCGAGUUUUCAUUUUGGAGUAGAGCAUUAGUUUUUUAGCCUCACAGAACCUUUUUUUCCGUUAGUUGUGGCAGACAUGUCAUGGUACAUAUCGAAAAAACUGUUUUUAUACAGCUGAAGGCAAAUGCGGUUUUUCCAGUUGUCUGAAAUUAGAUGCAGCUUGUUUUUACUGGAGUCCUCCUUGUUCAGAAGCUCGACGAUAGUCGGUUCGAUGGCGGAAUUGGUCAACGAAAUGAUGCCGGCUUCGCAAUCGCAGGCCGCUCAUUUGCCGCAGUUUGAAAAGGCCGAGUGGGUACAGAUUUCCAGUGUUGAAAAAGGUUCGCUUUUCUCACUCCUCAAGAUUCCCUUAGUUUUUAGCUGGAAAGCCUGGGGAAAGGUUGGACGUCGUCGUUGUUGGACUGAUUCGCGGGUUCCAGAUUUGGACCAUCAAUGUAUGCUUUUUUGAACUAGUUAAUUGAGGAUUUAAGUGAAAAAAGGUUACAUUUCCCACCUAGAUGGAGUGUUUUGAGGAGAACGGAGACUGUGAAGAGGUCAUGUCGGAGCGACAAGGCCCCAUCCGAGCGUGUCGCAUCCUGCCCAACAACAUUUCGAUUCCCUCAGGGACUCGUGAUCCGUCAGUUCUUUCCUCCUCCUGGGAGAUGAAAAAAAGAUCAUUUCAGUUUUGCGUCGGUGCGGCCGCUGAUCGCCUUGGUCGACGCGUCGUCUCACGUUCCUGAUCGGCAGUACUGCUCGGUCUCGUUGGUGUCGCUGAACAGUGGCAAAGAAGUUCAUCGGAUUGCUUUCGACGAGCCUGUCACUGCCCUCAACACUUCAAACCAGUAAUUUUUUCUGCAUAAAAAAAAAGAUAUUUCGCCUUUUUAAAAUUAAAAAUGGAGAAGAGAGAGGAGAGAAGAAAUUUUUUGAAGCAAAUACAUUUGAUUUUUUUUUCAGUUCACAUAAAAAAUCAAGUUAUUGAGAUUAAAAUGCGCUGGUGCACCUGUUUUAAUAUGGAAUAGUCAAAAGUGAAACAAUGUGGUAUCAAAAAAAAGAGAAAAAUGUCACUGGAGAUUAAAUUGAGGGAUUCAACUAACUUAAAAAAAAAUAAAACAAAAAAAAUUGAUACCGAUGGGAAAAAGAACAACAAAUCAGAGGCCGUAUGUAUACACGUUUACGCAGCGCAACUAUGGCUUUUUAAAUGAUUUAAAUGCAGACGAACUCGAAAAAACUAUUUCCACGUAUAUGAGAACCUAGUAGGUUGGAUGUGUUAGAGAAGAGUAAACAUAGAGAGGUUUAAUUUUGGAAUUCAUUUUACGCUACAUAAAUGUUCGUGUAUUAAUGUGAUAUUCAUGGCGUCUAACAUACUAAAUUCUGAUUCUGAGGAAAUUGAAAAAAAAACAUUGAAUUUGCUGAGCGCAGAUAUCUGGUGGUGUCGCUGUCGAGCCGAGCCUUCGUUUACGAGUUGGUGUCUUUCGCGGAGGCUCGUCACGUCCGCCUCAUCACGCCUCCAGAAGGCUGCCCUCCUGCCAUCGCCAUCACAGGCCAGAUGCUCGCCUACGCAGACCUGAAGGUCUUCUGGCCACUCAAGUCUCUCUAAUUGUGUUUUCAGCUGAAUUCGGAUGUCCAGAGUUGCGGAGGAAUGGCCGUCGACGUCGAAACGGCGGCCAGUGACCAUUCGGCUGCCACACAUGUCAUGAGCGCCAUGAAGGUCUUCAGCGAGUAUCCGGAGUGACGACGCAAUGAGGACGGUUUCAGAUGUUCUCGAGGACGAUGACGUCGAUUGGAGAGUCUGUCGGAGCGACGUCAUCUUCGAGUCCAUCUAAGUUGAACUCUGUCGGAGUGGUGACGGUGGUCGACCUCGAAACGCAGUCGGAGCAGGUGACAUCCGUGCUUUCUCUCUUUUUUUGACGGCUUACUGUAGCCGACGGACGGCGUGGUUUGCCACUGGAUGGCCCACACGACUCCGGUCUCGCAUCUCGCCUUCUCUCCCGACGGACGUCUUCUGCUCACCGCCGACGCCUCCGCUUCUGUGUUCAACGUUUUCCUUCUCCUGCCACACUCUGGAUCUCCGACUUUGGCUGCCGUCCAGCACCUGUACAAACUUCAUCGGGGAAACACUGCGGCGAAGGUGAGAUGAAUGAUUCAAAAAAGGUUUCAUCUGCAGGAUUGAGGUUUCCUCGACGGCUUUCUCGCUGGACGGCCGUUGGUUGGCCAUCAGUACCAAUCAUGGAACUUGCCACGUCUUCUCCAUCUGUCCGUUUGGCGGCCGACCUACUCAGAGGACUCAUGGCGAUCAGUUCGUCAACAAGUGCGUUGAGACUAUAUAUAUAUAUUUAUUUAUUUUAAAAAAACGGCUCAAGGAACGAAGAUAUAAACCAAUGUUUGAUUUUUGAACAAUAAAAAAACAUUUAAAAAUACUAAAACCGAUGAGAAAAAAUCUUUUUUUAUCCACACAAGUAUUACUUUAAUUGGAAAUGAUCGCGAAGACAAUAUUUGUGAAGUAUUGUUGAUGAACAUCGCCGUACAGAGAAUCGCGGUUCCUGCGAUCAGCAGGGCUGACGGAUUCGGCGGAUGCGACGGCGUCGAUGGCUCCAAGCCGUGUUCGGGCUCUCAGCGGGACUCCGACGCCCAACUUCCGCGAGCAUCCCGAGCUCGCUGCGAACAGGUCUUUGGCCAAGUGCGUGUUGGUUUGCCUGUCCUUUCUUCCUCCUUUGGUUGAUCAAGGGAAUGUUCAGUAUCUUGUUGUUUGGACUAAUGUGACUUUAUGAAUUUGAAGUGUGUGGUGAACAGCUUUUUUCGGCAUUUGUGAGUCGUCGAAAUUGAUGUGAAAAAAUAUGUAUUUAUGUAUAAUCUAUCCCUUUUCUUGAUUUUUUUGUAGUGAAAUGUGUGGACAGAAAUAUGGAUGUACUCGAUAGAAGCCGUGAACUUGUUUAACUUCUUACUAACCUUUCAGCAAAUUAAUUCUUUUUUCUUUUUUUUUUGUUAGAAAUAUUUUAAGAAAGGGGCAUAAACCAAAUUUUCGCAGCGCGAUGAACUGGAAAGUUGUCAACGAUCUUAUCUAACUCUGUUUUCCUUCACUCGACUAUUUCUUUAUCUGUUUGGUCUAACCUUUUUUGUUUCUUGACAUCGUACAGUACUGGCCAUAAAGGUAUCUCAAAGUGGUUAUUCGAGCAUAACGUCUCUGAAAGUGGCUCAAAUAAUUUGAAACUUCGCACAGAUUUCAAAUAGCUACGCAGUAACUCUUUCCCAAAAGAAGAACUUUUUCAGAACCUUGAUGAAUGAAAAUAAAAGAAGUUUUUUGUUUGAGAACACUCUGAAAAAAAGAAAAUUUCGAGACAAAAAAGUUCCAAAAUUGGCAAUUUUCGACCGCUUCGCGACCGCGUUUCAACACUAUGGCCAGCCCGGCUGACCCAAAGCACAGCUCUGCUUUGAAGAUAUGAUUUUUCGAAUCUCUAGAGAAACAUCUUAAUUUUCGCGAUUUUUGGUUUUUUGCUCUCAAAUCCGGUCCGACUCGAGCAAAUGAGUUCUUCUCCUGGGAAAGAGUUACUGCGUAGCUAUUUAAAAUCUAAGCGAAAUUUCAAGUCGUUUGAGCCACUUUCAGAGAAGUUAUGCUCGAAUAACCACUUUGAAAUACCUUUAUGGCCAGUACUGUAUAUAAAAAAAGUUUACGGUGACUGGUCUGGGAAUUUUGGGCUAGAGUUAAAUAUCGUAAACUUUCAUUAUUACGGUCUUCAAAGCUUGUUUUUCGUGUGCUUGGUUUGAGUUAUGCAUUCCCUUUGCAACAAAAGAAAAAUCAUUUUUCAGAGGAAGCGGAAAUUCGCGCGUUGGACCUUUCCCGCCGCCGAUCUUCCUACACGCUGUCAGGAAGAUCAAGGUAACAAGAACUGAGGUAUCUGGCUGAGAAAAACUGUUUCGCAGGACCCCAAGUAUUCGACGGACAAUUUGACGGCGUGGGCUACUGACCUGACAGCUCUUCCAAUCGCUACCGCGACUUCUGCGGGCGCAUCUGCAGCCAGUAACUCUGGAACCCGUCGACGAGUUGACGUCCCGCGGAUCGCCGUCGCCUUUUCGGCCUUCGGCGACGUCUCCUUGUCGUCUUCUGGAUCAGUCGGGACCGCGAAUCCGGCUCUUCUUUCGCUGCUCAUCAUUCGCACGGACACCAACCUCGGCGCCGUCAUGUGCAACUACGAACUCCGUCCGCGACUCGCCGAUCCGAGCGCCGCUGCCGGCGGAGAAGAGCCGCCAAAACUGAAUGCCUCUGCGACUGCUUUGUGGACCUUACAGAGGUACAUUAACCAGAAAAAAUAGUACUUUAUCUGAUUUUCACUGCCACUUCAGAUUUUCUGCGCGGCUUAGCAAUUAUAAAACUAUUGACUUUCUCAAAAACGAAAGCCUGGAUCCACACAAAAAUGUUAAGGACGAAGAACAACGCCGACAUGCAUCCGCCGAUGCCUCAGGGCAGUCCGCUGAUGGCUCUAGCGACUCCGAGCAACGAAGUGCCGCAGCUGAGGCCCGGAGAAGAGCUCUGGACACCUCAUGUCGAGGUUCUCUCUCAGUUCCAGUCGGUUUUCAACUCUCUCAAUGAAAUUUCAGGUUCGCACGUACUCAGCUCCUCACAGAUGCAUUUGGCAGGGACCCCAGUUCGAGUUCUACGAGUACAAAGAGGAAGACAGCGCUGUUCUGGUUGGUUUUUUUUAUUAUGAAAAGACUUCGAAGAAUGAAGAGCGGGAUGACGAAACUCCUGAUAAUGUUUUUGAAACUUGAAAAUGAAGAAAGAUUGAAAAAGCUGUCUAACGAAUUAAAUUUUUUUUUGUUCUACUGAUAAAUCCUUAUACUUCAUUUUACAUUUUUAUCUACUGUUUUUUUUUCUUUUUACAAAGCUUUUCAAAUUAUUAUGAGGAAAAACUCUCAGAUAAUCAUUGAGAUUUUGGAUUGAAACAUUGAAAUAUCGAAGCGAUUUCAAGGGUUUCAAAAAAGGAUUCAGAUGAGUCCUUCGGCAGAUUCGCGGCACACCGGAUCCGGCUUCAAAUCGAUACCAGUCGUCGUCGGCGGCGGCAUCCCAAUCAGUCCGUUUCUUUUUUGAAUAAUUCAUUCCUACAUUCUGUCACCAACAGGCUCAUUUGCGAAAUCAUGCUUUUCGUGAUGUCCCCAAACCUUGAAGAGCAAUUUUCUGGAAAAAAAAUUCACUCAAAAAUCCUUUGAUAAAAGAGAUUUUGUUAGAGUGAAUUUCAGACUGAUCAUGUUUCAUACAGCAAAGUUGAUGGUUCAAUUCAUUUUUUCGUAGUGGACCUGAAUACGCCUCAACAAUCUCUCUGAAAUCAUAAUUUUUGAAAACGAUGAAUUUGAGUAUCUAAUUUUUUCUUUGCAAUAAGUCCCGGUAGCUUAACUUUCUUAUUUUUCGGAAUCUACAUUUUAGUUGUAAUCACCUUUUCUGUUGAAGAGGAUAGCAUUAAUAGUUGAAAACUCAAGAAGCUCCAUUUCAAAUUUUAUUCAAGAAAAUUUCAGCGCGAGGUACUUCGGCAACUAGCGACGCAACGCGAAUCGAGUGCGGAUCGUACACGUCGCAGACGUCGCUGGUGACGACGAUGGCGACUGCGGACAGCGACAUUUCGCAGAAAAUCGCCGACGCGAUGCGCGACCUCCACUCGACGUCGCCGCCGCAGCAAAUAGACGUCAGUGCUCAUCUGAAUCUAGUCCAUGGAAAUCUAUCAAACAUGUUAUACGAAGAGAAGUCUUCAAGGGGCGACAUUUACUCUUAAUAUGAUAAAAAAAGGGAUUUCAGCGACGAGCUGCAAGCUAUCAAAAUUGAAUUUUUUUAAUUUUAGAAGCUUUCUUUUUCAAAAUUUGUGCAUCUCAAUCAUCGUUCUGUGAGAUUUUCAAAAAUUAAUAAGUUUAACUUGAAGAUAAGAAAAACGUGAAUUUAAAUGGUAAAAUAUUUUUGAUUUAAAAUUUUCGCUUUUGAAGAAAAAAGGUAGAAUCUAGAUGUUUUCAGACGAAUAACCAUGAAGAAUUCUUCGAUACGCACUCGCCGUCUGGCGAUCGACGGCUUCUGGACGUUUCCGGCCGUCAGAAUCAAAACAAAAAGACUCUAGUCUCCGUCGAUGACGUCGACCUCGACUUUCCGAUGGACGACGACGAGGACGACAUUUAA